CAUCUUUGAAGAACUUGGAAACGUUGGAUCUAAGUCAUAAUUUUUUCUUGUAUUCCUUCUCUAUGCAAGAUUCCGAAAGACUAUCCAAGUUAAGCAAGCUAAGUUACCUUGAUCUGAGCGGCAAUGGUUUUGGCCAAUCCAUAUUAAAGUCUUUAAGGGUGCUCCAAGCUCUUAGGUAUCUAUCUCUUGAGACAAAUGGAAUUGGCGGACAACUUUCUGACUUGGAUAUGUUAGCUUUUAGGAAUUUGGAGGUCUUAAAUUUGGGGGAUACUUCUUUUAGUGGGAGUAUUCCUCCAAGUAUACGAGCAUUACCUUCUCUCAAGGCUUUAUCUUUGGCUCGCAAUAAUAUUAGUGGCUCUUUACCUCCAGAUUUGUGUGAACUGAACAAACUUCAAGAGUUGGAUCUUAGUGAUAACAAUCUCGAAGGGACCCUUCCUCCAUGUUUGAAUAAUUUGACAAAUCUUAGGCUUCUAGAUCUCUCCAAGAAUCAAUUCACAGGGAAACUUUCUGAAUCUCUUAUUUCUAGCCUAACAGCAAUGGAGUACAUUGAUCUUAGCAACAAUUUCUUCGAGGGCUUAUUCUUAUUCAGCUCAUUUGCAAAUCAUUCCAAGCUUGAGGUUGUUCAAUUCCUCAAUUUCAAUCACAAGUUCCAGGUGGAAACUGACUUAUCAAAUUGGGUUCCCAAAUUUCAACUAAAGGUCCUUACGUUACCAAACUGUAACCUAAAUAGAUUCUCUGGUGGUCAUAUUCCAAAAUUCCUUUGGGGGCAAUACAAGUUAAGAAUCAUCGAUCUUUCCCACAAUAACUUGACAGGACAUUUUCCCAAGUUGUUGAUAGAAAACAAUCUAGGACUAGAAUACCUACUUCUUAGGAACAACUCUUUGGUGGGUCAAUUUCAUAUGGCGCCAGUAGCUUGCUUCUAUAUUGAUGUCUCAGACAAUAAGCUGGUUGGUGAAAUUCAGUCAAACAUAGGGGAAAUCAUUCCGCAAACAAGACAUCUAAACAUAUCUAGAAAUUCUUUUGGAGGACGUGUUCCAUCCUCGAUCAGCAACAUGAGUGCGAUUUUGCUAUUGGACAUGUCCUUCAACAAAUUUUCAGGAGAGGUACCAAAAGAAUUGCUUGCAGCUUGCACCCAGUUGAAGUUUUUGGAUUUGUCUCACAAUAUGUUUCAUGGUCAUAUAUUUUCAAAUUACUUCAAUAUGAGCAGUUUAUCUGUUUUGUGUAUGGACCAUAACUACUUCUCUGGAACUCUAAGAAAUUUAACAAAUUUGGAUUAUUUAUCAGUUUUAGAUAUCAGCAACAAUUACCUGUCUGGUCAGAUUCCUCAUUUGAUGGGCAAUGGGUUCUCAUUGCUUACACUAAACAUGCAGAAUAAUCUAUUCAGUGGUCAAUUUUCAUGUGAAAAUAUUCCUUACGAAUAUUUAGACAUUUCUUAUAAUGAUCUUUCGGGAAGUUUACCUUCAUGUUCAAUGGUUCAACGUUUGCGAUACUUACAUUUAGAAGGGAACAGAUUUGGAGGAUCAAUACCAGAAGCUUUUCUGAAUUUUUCAAGAAUAUUGUCACUAAACAUUAGGUAUAACAGUUUAUCUGGAAAGAUUCCAAGUGUGAUUGGAUCACUUUCCAGAUUAAAAGUUCUUUUGUUGAGUGGAAACCAUUUGAGUGGAUUAAUUCCAAAUGAGUCAUGUCAAUUAAGUCAGAUAAGCAUAAUGGAUCUCUCCAAUAACCGUUUUUCUGGGUCAAUACCCCACUGCUUUAGUAACAUCACUUUUGGAAAACAUGUGAGUGAACUAAUGCCAAAUAAGGGACGUUCAUUCGUCUUUUAUGGAAUUUAUGAACCCAUUUGGGAAUCUGGUGGUUUACUGAAGGGGCACAAAGAAAUUUGGUUGACAAUUCAAUAUAAUGUAUUGCAAGAAGAAGUUGGCUUUGUCACAAAAACCAUACUCAGCUCCUACAAGGGUGGGAUCCUAAAUAUCAUGUCUGGAUUGGACUUGUCAUGUAACAACCUCACAUGUGAAAUCCCAUAUGAACUAGGAAAUCUAAGUUUCAUUCAUGCAUUGAACUUAUCCCACAAUCGAUUUUUCGGUCCUAUACCAAGGUCUUUCUCAAACCUACGCCAAAUAGAGAGCUUGGACCUUUCUUACAACCAUUUGAAUGGGGAAAUCCCUUCAAUAUUUGGUGAUCUAAACUUUUUGGAAGUGUUCAGUGUGGUUCAUAACAAUUUAUCAGGUAGAGUUCCAGACAAGGGGCAAUUCUUGACAUUCGAAGCAAGUAGUUUCGUUGGAAAUCCAUUUCUUUGUGGGCAAAUACUGAAAAAAAACUGCAGCCCCAUUGUUGAGCCGGCACCUCACUCUCCAGAAAAAAGCGAUGAGAAGUGGUUUAAAGUGGAUCCAGUGACCUUCUUUGCAAGUUUUGCUGCUUCAUACACCACAUUUUUCUUGGGGGUCAUAGUUGUUCUCUAUGUCAAUCCUACUUGGCGACGAAGGUUGUUCUAUCUAGCUGAAGAAUGGUUCUUUUCAUGCUACUACUUUGUUUAUGAUGCUAUUCGCAAGUUUGUACGCAUGCACUGAUAGUUGUUAUGAAAUUAAUUAU